AUGUCUAUUUUGUCAGAUAUUUUCUGCCCGGAGGAUGUGGAACGUAUCUCUAGCAUUCCAAUAUCUCCUGAAUACGAGGACACCUGGUUUUGGUACGGGGAUCCGAAGGGUUGCUACUCUGUAAAAGAUGGAUACAGGUCCAUCCUGGGGGAUUUUGUUGGUCCCUCAGGCGGAUUUGACAAAUGGAAUUACCUAUGGAAGAUCAAAGUACCCCCAAAAUGGAGAACUUUUAUGUGGAGAGCUCUAAGUGAUACCCUUCCUGUGACCACAAAUUUGCUUUUGAAAAGAGUGGAAGUGGAUCCAUUAUGUCCUAUGUGUGGUCUUAGCCAUGAAAAUGUUAUGCAUGCAUUAGUAUUAUGUGAAUUCUCAAGCAUUGUGUGGCAGGAGACAAAUUUACCGGUUUUUAAUGUGUUGGACGGCUCUUUUGUUAUGUGGUUCAUGAAUUUGUUAUUGAGUUUGACUGAGGAAAAUCUUGCCUUUGGUGUAGCAGUUCUCUAUUCCAUAUGGAGCGGCAGGAACUCUGCUGUAUGGGAAAACUGCCUCCCACGUCCGAGAAGUUUGGUAACUCAGGCGGUCGCUGUGCUGCACGCUUGGAGGGGGGUCCAUCAUGGAGCUCUCAAUCAGCCGAUACCUGCAAUGGCAGCUGGGUCCUCUUCUGCUACGGUCGGCGGCGUACAAUCACCAACAGGUUUGCGUCGAUGUUUCUUCGAUGCUGGGCAUCGACCAACUACACAGGAGUCCACGUUUGCAGUAGUGCUUUUAGAGACAGGAGGCCAAUUCAUCGCGGCGUGUGCAGGGCGACUUCCGGUCUGCUUCUCGCCCUUCAUGGCGGAGGCGGAGGCUUGCAAAGCAGCGCUCGUAUAG